AUGUACAACAACACUGCAAAUAUCCUGACACGGAGAGGAGGCUUCAGCCGGCGUGAGAUGAGCAUGUACUUCCUGCCUGUAGUGAUCUCUGACAAUGAUUACCCCAUUCAGAGCAGCACCAGCACGCUGAUCGUGCGCGUGUGUGCUUGCGACAGCCGUGGAAACAUGCAGUCGUGCAACCCCGAGGUCCUGCCCUUCUCAGAUGGUCUCACAACUGGAGCUCUGGUGGCCAUACUGCUCUGUGUCAUCAUUCUCCUCAUGAUUGUGGUGCUGUUUGCUGCCCUGAGGAGACAGAGGAAGAAGGAGCCUCUGAUCAUCUCCAAAGAGGAUGUCAGAGACAACGUUGUCAGCUACAACGAUGAAGGGGGUGGAGAGGAGGACACUCAGGCCUUUGAUAUUGGCACGCUGCGCAACCCAGAGGUGAUGGAUGCUAACAAGCUACGCAGGGACAUCAUACCCGAAAUGCUGUUUCCCUUUCGGAGGACAUCACCUAUAAAGGAUAACACGGAUGUCAGAGACUUCAUUAAUGGGAGGCUUCGGAAUGAUUCGGAUCCCACAGCACCCCCCUAUGACUCCCUGGCCACGUACGCUUAUGAGGGCACUGGGUCACUGGCAGAAUCCCUCAGUUCACUGGAGUCCGCUGCCACUGAGGGGGACCAGGAUUAUGAUUACCUCAGCAACUGGGGACCACAAUUCAAGAAGUUGGCAGAGAUGUACAUAGGAAAGAGCCCUGACAGAGAAACUUAGAUGAAGAUAGUCUCUCUUUUUCAACCGCAUUCUUCUCUGUCUGUUUAUCUAGCUAGCUGGCUAGGCGGCUAUUUGUCUAGUUAGCUAGCCAGCUAGUUGACCGUCUGUCUGCCUAUCAAGCUAUCUAUCUGUUUGUCUAGUUUGCUAGCUAGCUCGCUAGUCAACUAGUUGUCUAUUUGAUUCUCA